AUGAAUGCAAAGCAAAUCCGAAUUCACAGCGACUCCCAGCUCAUUGUGAACCAGGUAACGGCAGACUUCGCCGCCAAGGAUGCCUCCAUGUACGCCUACCUUUCAACCGCCCAUCAGCUACUCCGAAGUUUCCAAGCAUACGAGAUCAAACAGAUCCCCAGAGGCGAAAACAGCCAUGCCGAUGCUUUGGCAAGACUCGCUUCGGCGAUAAACGACAAAGUCGGAAGAAAGGUACCAGUGGAGAUCCUUGCCCAACCGAGCACGGUAACCUCCGAAGCGUGUGCCGUACGGUAUGAGGAUACAUGGAUGUCUCCUAUCUACUUAUACCUGACGAACGGCACCCUUCCUGAGGAUAAAGCCCAGGCCCGGAAGCUGAGAUACCGAUCAGCAAGAUACACAGUUAUCAACGAUGUACUCUACAAGCGCGGCUACACUACCCCGUAUCUCAAAUGCCUCACGGCAGAGCAAGGGGAGUACAUCCUUCGGGAGAUUCACAGCGGUGUGUGUGGCGACCAUUCCGGGUCCCGAUCUCUCGCCUACAAAGUCUUUCGGCAGGGAUACUUUUGGCCAACCAUGCAUCAGGACGCCAAUACACUGGUGAAGAGGUGUGACAAAUGCCAGCGCUUCGGUAAUAUCCCACAUAUCCCUGCUGAACCUCUCACACCGAUUGUAAGUCCUUGGCCUUUCGCACAAUGGGGACUGGACCUGAUUGGCCCAAUGCCGCAAGGCACGGGGCAGUCGAACGGUCAGGUCGAAGCAAUAAACAAAAUAGUGAAGAAACUGCUGAAACGGCAGCUGGACAAGGCAAAGGGAGCAUGGCCGGAAAAACUUCCCGAAGCACUGUGGGCCAUUCGGACGUCUUACCGAACGUCCACUGGAGAGACCCCUUUUUCUCUGGCCUUUGGAUCGGAAGCAGUGGUUCCCGUGGAAAUCGGCGAACCUUCCUACCGAACGGAAGCCUUCGCACCAAAGCAGAACGAGGAGGCCAUGUCUCUAAACCUUGACCUACUCGAGGAGCACCGAGCACAGGCCAAUCUUCGAAAUGAAGCCUACAAGCAGCGUGUGUCUCGGUAUUAUGAUUCUAGGGUCAGACCCCGCUCUUUCCGAAUCGGGGACUGGGUCAUGCGCAAGGUAUCGCUUGCGACGAAGGAUACCACGGAAGGAACCCUCGGACCUUCCUGGGAAGGACCAUAUGAAGUCAUCGGUAUCCUUCGCUCGGGAACUUAUCGACUAAGAGGCACCAACGGCAAGGCCCUCGGCCAUCCUUGGAACGUAGAACAUCUCAAGUACUACUACAAGUGA